GGGUCAUCCGAUCUUUGCUUUUGCAUUGUGACAGACGCUGGCUGAGGCAGGGGUCUUGGAUCCGGGGCGCGCACGACAGAGAGCGGCAUUCGCCCAAGGCACCCUCCGCGUAAGCAUCCGGCUUCUGCUGCCCCUGCGUCUCGAUCCUUGCCACAUCAACACGACACAAGCUAUUGGUACCACCAAGCCCGUCCCGGAUAUACAGCCCUCCACCCACACCACAGCUCGCACUAGCGGAUGCCAACCGGCUUACCGACGUCAGCAAGGGUGUGUUGAUGAGUAGGGCGGCACGGCCCUCCCGAGCACGCUAGCGGCGGGCCAGCAGGGGUGCGGUGCCGUCCUCAAGGCUGCUGUGAUGAUCACAGACGUCUCUUUGAUGCGCCAGGAACCUGCACGAUGGCCUGUCCCGCGCGGGAUGGAAUGCGACCGCAUGUCCAUUCGGCCCUAAUACGCAGAUCGUCCCGCUCGACAUGCACGCCCGGCACUCUCUCCUCUUCACUUGCUUCUUCUCUUUGUGGUGGCUGUUUGCUGGGCUAUUUAGCGGUUUGCUUGUUCACUUCUCGGCCUGGCCAGCGUACAUCGAGCCUCGCCGUCUCGUGCAUUCUUAGAAGACGAAUAGACACGCGCUAGACUCACAUUCAGCCCGAUACAAUGGUCGCGGCGCUGCGGUUCCUCGUCUUGGUGUCGUCCCUGGUCGGCAUCGUGUCGGCCGGGAACUUCGUCGCCGACGUCGUCACCGAAGCCCCCAAGUGCUCGAUGGCGUGCCUGAUCGAGGCCGUGUCGGCCAACGGCUGCAGCCGCGAGUUGGGCGACCAAGGGCGGCUGGCGGCCUGCGUCUGCAGCGCCAACAACACCGAGGCGCUCUCGAGGGCCAACAUCUGCGUGCAGCAAAAGUGCACGUGGAACGAGACGCUACUCGCGCUGAACGUCACGCUGGGCACCCUGUGCCAGGGCCUCCCCAAAGAGUCCCGCGGCGGCCUCCUCCGCAUCAUAGCCAUCGUCGCCCUGGCGCUGACGAUACCCGUCGUGACGCUGAGGAUCCUCUCGAGGCUAUACAGCUCCGGCCGGCUCUGGUGGGACGACUACAUGAGCAUCGCCGCGACCGCGUCCCUCGUAGCCAUGCUCGCUCUUCAGUUCAAAAGCGCCGACCUUGGGUUUGGGACGCACGUAUGGAACGUCGACACGUUCACCGCCGCCGAUCUAUUAAAGUACUACUGGGCCGGCCAGCAGCUCUACAUCGUGGUCCAGGUCUUCGCCAAGAUCUCCAUACUCAUACUCUACAUGCGCCUCUUCCAGGCGGCGUGGUUCCAAUGGGCCGUCAAGGGCGGCAUAGUGUUUAUGGCUCUCCACGGCGCCGUAUUCCUCCUUCUGUGCAUCUUCCAAUGCCUGCCCGUUAGCGCCGCGUGGGAGCCGUCCGCCACGGCCAAGUGCCUGGACUUUAGGGUCAUCGCGUAUGCCGGCGGGGCCUUCAGCAUCUUUGAGGACUUUGUGCUCGUGCUGCUGCCCAUCCCGGAGUUGAUGACCAUGACGCUGAACUGGAGAAAGGCCAUCGGCCUGUCGUUCAUGUUCGGCUUCGGACUGCUGGCCACCGCCACGAGCAUCGUGCGCAUGAGGUACCUGAUCGGGCUCUGGGACUCGUACGACCUGACGUGGGACCGCGUCGACCCCAUCCUGUGGUCCGUCAUGGAGCAGUUCACCGCCAUCAUCUGCGGCAGCCUGCCAUCGUGCCGGGCACUCGUCAGCGACAUGCUCUUGAAGCUCCGGUCCCGGCGCGCCGGCGACGACACGGACGGCCUGCGGUCGCGUCCCGGCGUCUUCCGCAUGGCCCCGCCCGAGAAGCACGGUGGCGGCUUCUUCAACGGCAGGCGCGGGGCGGACCUCGCCGAGCACAACCAGCGCGUCGCCCAGGGCCCGGAGCCCGGCAGGGGGAAGCCGGCGCGGACCGGCCUGCGCGACCCCUACGCGGACCUGUACGACCUGGACGAGGAGGCGAUGCUGGGGGGCGAGUGCGAGUGCGAGAUGGAGAACUGUCCGUGCGCGCUGUCACCGGCGCUCUGCCGCAGCGUGACGCGGCGCACCUCGCUCGGCGCGCAGGCCGGCGACCCGGACAUGGUGGCAUUCCAGAUCCACAACCCGCGCGACGUGGUGCACCUGGCCAAGCGCGGCAGCUCCGCCAUCCGGCCCGUGUCCACCAUGAUGGCGCCCGUGCCGCCCAGCCUGGCCGGCGAGUCGACCGUGGUCAGCCACACGUUUGAGUUUAUCGACGAGGAGAAGCUGGGCGGUGUGCGUCCCCUGGUGCUGCCGAGGCUGCCGAUGCCCUGGGAGCGCACGUCGCGCCCGGCGAGGCCCGAUGACCCGGACAUGGUUAGCGACCCGAUCCGCAGCCCCGAGGAGGUAGUGGAGCACUCCAGGGCCGUCCCGUGCAUACGGCCGUGCUCGCUGGCGCCGACGGUGUACCUGGGGAGUGCGUCCAUCGGCCGCGCCGUGUCCUGCGGCAGUUGGCCUGGGCAAGGGGCGCAAGAAGGAAACGGCAGCGGCGCGUCUUCCCUCGCCGUCCCUGAAGACCACCACCUCACGCGCAUCUACGCGUCAUCCUCGGGCGAGGCAAACGCAGACUCUGGGGUCGACGAGCCGGUACCGCCAAUACCGGAGACGCGGCCGCCGGUCGGAUCGAAAGAUGGAUCGGACGUGUAAGCAUCCAGGCCGGGAUCCUAAACAGGCCUCCGGGAGGUAACAUUGUAUUUUCUAGCGCAGACUACACUUUCCUAAUCAACGGCCCCUGCAUCUACCCGCAAGCCAUUCCUUAUUGAUACCCGGAGAUACUCGGCCCACGCGGAGAAACUCCAGAGCGCACGGUGACUGACGGGGAAAUAUGGCUGUGCCAUGGUCGGCACCAUCAACCUCCAACACAACCGUCCUGCCCCUGUACAGACCCGGGUUUGUGGAACAGA